GAAACAGCGAAUCUUCUUCUUCAUCUAUGUUUGGAGUCUGAAUACAAAAAGAAAGUGAGGUGAAGCCUUUUCAUUAAUCCUCAAGCUUUUAUUUUUGCCCAUAAGUCUAACCCCAGUUUCCCUUAAUCCUCCAUGGGCAAAGGCGGAGGCUGUGUCCCAAGCAAAAAGAGACAACCUUCCUCUGCCGAAGGCUCUGCCGCUGCCACUGCCACUGCCACUACCGCCACCAUCAACGCACCCAUCGAAGCCGAUGAAGAAACCCACGAAACUGCCAGUGUAGCUGUGAAUUCUACGAAUGCGCAAUCAGUUACCGCCACUUUAAAAAUCUUUAUUGUUUACUACUCCAUGUAUGGUCACGUGGAGAAACUGGCCAAGCGGAUGAAGAAAGGGGUCGACGGUGUGGAGGGUGUAGAGGCGGUUCUUUAUCGGGUUCCCGAGACUCUCCCGGCUGAUGUGCUGGACCAUAUGAAGGCGCCAUCGAAAAACCCCGAGGUUCCAGAGAUUAAAGCGGCGGAAUUGGCGGAGGCGGAUGGGGUUCUGUUUGGGUUUCCGACGAGGUUUGGCUGUAUGGCGGCUCAGAUGAAGGCGUUUUUCGAUUCCAGUGGACAGCUUUGGAAGGAGCAGACUCUGGCCGGGAAGCCAGCUGGGUUCUUUGUUAGUACUGGAACUCAAGGAGGCGGCCAAGAGGCCACCGCUUGGACGGCAAUAACCCAGUUGGCACACCAUGGAAUGCUGUUUGUUCCUAUUGGCUACACUUUUGGAGCUGGUAUGUUCAAGAUGGAUUCCAUACGAGGAGGUUCUCCGUAUGGUGCUGGAGUUUAUGCGGGUGAUGGCACAAGAGAGCCAACUGAAACUGAGCUUGGGCUUGCAGAGCAUCAGGGAAAGUACAUGGCUGGUGUGGUCAAGAGGCUUUGUCAAGCUUGACAUUCCCCACACUUGAGGGUCGCAUACUUUGUUGAUUGUUCAUUAGGUGAAUUGUGUUUGAAUUUGUCCUUGGUCUUGCCAUUUCUCAGCAUGAGAGAUGUCACUUACAUUGGUAUUUAUUUCACCAUUUCUUUUUGUCAAUUCCAUUCAGUUGAGAAAGAUGUACAUGAUUUGAUCUUCUUGUGUCUUGUCUUAUCAAAUAAGAUGUAUCAUAUGCGGCCAUCGGGAUUUUUGGUUUGUAUAAUUUCCAUUGUGUAAUUCACCACAAGCUUUGAUUUAAUAAAAGAAAUUUCAUUUGUCUGUC